AUUGACACACAAGUCGUAUUUUAACCUACGUGAAGCACGCGUGGCCAGAUUAGUAUAUCGUAGAUAGAAAAGGAUGAAUUUCGAGGAGGUUGUCAGUGGGAACACCGACAGCAGUGACUCACAGUUCUGGAAGGCCAUCGGGAUCUGGCUGAGGAACCCUCACGUCGUCAACCGUCGCAUCCUGGCGUCCCGAGAGCUGCUGACGGCCGAAGUCGUCAGCCGCGACGUUCCGGAUAUCCUCGAACGCGUCGGGCAGCUGCGGAUCCAGCCUGGUGAUCUGGAAUGCGACUCGUCCUCGGGAGAUAUGAAAUAUUUAUUAGACGUCUUGGGUAUCGCGGAGUACUGCCGGUCAGCUCGACGUGCAGAUCCGAUCGAGGCGGCGGCGGCGGACGGCGAGGCUUGUCUGCGCGUGAGGAAGCUGCUGCCUCGCAACACGCAGAUAUUCUCGCCCACGCUGGAGCUCGUGUUCAUCGACAAAGGCUCGGUCGGCGUUACCAGCCUCCACAAACCGAUCGUCCCGGGGAAGCAGUCCCUGGGCCCGUGCACGGCCUACAGGAUACGGCAUCGCGAGCGCGUGUCCACGUGCAUAGAGGUACGCAGGUCGGACGACGAGAAUCAGGACCGGAGCCGCGACUGGCUCAAGUCCAAGCUCUUUCCGCGGCUGACGCGAUGGAUGGGCAGCGAGGACGACGGCGACGGUCCGAGGAUCCGCUCCCUCGGUCUCGUCCCCGUCGAGAAGUACACCCUGCUGUACAAUCGGCUGAAGGAGAAGUACGGCACGGGAAUGGUGAACGCCUGGCCGGAGAACACGGACCCGGCGAAGUUCGUCUACGAGGACGUCGCGAUCGCGACUUACUUGCUACUGCUCUGGGAGAAGGAGAGGCUGGAAAGGGGGACGCGGGAGCUGCAGUCGUUCGUCGAUCUCGGCUGCGGAAACGGCCUUCUCGUCUACAUCCUGUCUAGCGAGGGCCACAGGGGGACGGGAAUCGAUUUGCGCAAGCGGAAGAUCUGGGACCUGUUUCCGGAGAGCACUCGUUUACAGGUCGGCACAAUCGUUCCAUCCUCGGACACACUCUUCCCCGACGUGGACUGGAUCAUAGGGAAUCACUCGGACGAGCUGACCCCGUGGAUUCCCGUGAUCGCCGCGCGCAGCUCCUACGAGUGCCGGUUCUUCCUGCUGCCGUGCUGCGCCUACGAAUUCGACGGCAGCAAGUACCGGCGGCGCAACGCCGCCGAGAGCCAGUACUCGGAGUACAUGGCGUACGUUAGGAGCGUGUGCGAGGGCUGCGGCUUCCUCACGUUAGCGGACAGACUGCGAAUCCCGUCGACCAAGCGGACCUGUUUCGUCGGCUGGAAGCGGACUUACGCGAGGGAGAACGCCGCGGCGCUGGACGCCGAUAUCCAGAGGAUCAUAAACGCGAGGUCCCAGGUGGAGGGUGCGAAGAGCGGGGCGGCGGAGAACGGCGACCCGUGGUCCGCGAGCUUCAAACCGAGGGACUCGACGGAACGGGCGCGGAACUGCACGCAGUUGGACAAACAGCUGAUCCUCGAGAUAGUCAACGUGGUCGUGGCGCAUCUCCUCCGCGCCGGUCGCAGAAUACCGUUGGAGCGGAGACCCGGUGAAACGUGGAACGCCGGCGGACAGAUCGGCAUCGGCGACGUGGCGAAGCUGAUCGCGCCCGGGACGCUGCAGCAGCUGCGAAACGAGUGCGGCGGGCUGCAGACCCUACUGAAGAAUCACAGCCAUAUCUUCUGCGUCGCUCAGGGAAAAGUGCAAUUCAGGAUACCCGGCACCGUCGACAGGAAGAGGAAGAGGAGGAGGAACGCUGGUACACCUUUGAGGAAGGUGAAACCUUGCUGGUUUCACAAGAACCAUCCCGACGGGUGUCCCGCUCUCGAGAUCGAUUGCGACUUCCAGCACUGAGCUCCCCUUAUUUUUGUUGUUGUUCCAAUUGUUGCUCUGCAUCGUGAAGUUUUGUAUACUUAUCUAUAUUAAGUUAAACAGUGCGUGUGUGCGUGUGUGUGUGUGUGUGUGUGUAACAGUGCGUUUUUAUUUUAAAUGAAAGAAGGUAAAAUAAAAAUUAAUGUCGGUUGUGUGUCGAUGCUAAAAAUAAAAUCUUCAUGCAAUUUUACGGAUGUGUGUAUCGGCGAUAAAAAAAAAAUGCAACAAUAAUGAACUGAAUAGUCAGCUAGAACGGUAUUAAAUAAAUGUCUCGAGCAAAACAUAUUGUUACAUCGUCAACGAUAUACGCAAAACAUA